UGUCUGUGUCACAAUGCAGAGAUGUCGUGUCUGAUGGAAGCAUUACAGGACAAGAGAGUUCGCCUGCAGCCUGAGUGUAAGAAACGACUCCAGGAUCGCAUCGACAUGUGGGGCUAUGCUGCUAAGGUGGCACCAGCAGAAGGCUUCUCCGAUCUGGCGGUGCAGGUGAUGACGUCGCCUUCCAAGAACUAUAUCCUGCUCACGGUCGCACUGAGCAUGUGCGUCCUCUUCCUGGUGGGGCUGCUGUGCGGUCGGAUCACCAAGCAUGUGACCAGAGAACUGAAGGACCGGUAGAGGCUCUUCCUCUUCAUCCUUCGUCUCCUCCUCCUCGAGUCCGUCACCAGCCAAAGUCCGGUGCCAACACCAGUGCUCCCUUUUCACCUUUGUUGUAAGAUUACCCUGACAAAAAAAUCGGGACAUUUUUUUUCCCUCCCGAGGACCUUUUUUGGUGUUGGAGGUGAGAAUAUGAAGUGUCAAAAUGAGCACUUUCAGCUGGACUGAGGACUGUUGCUUCUCUUCGGACCCCGACUUGUUUAGUCAUGUUUAAGGUAAACUUGGCGCAUGAAAAUAACCUCAAGAUGAUUUUGUUUUUUAAGAGGCAUCCUGAAAAUGCACAAGCAGCAUCUUGAAACAAUGAGGAGAACUUGCUUGAAACUGUUUGGGGUGGACUCCUCUUCCCGCCUGUGCAGGGUCUACUCAACCUGCUCGCCAUGUCCACAAAUGUUUGUUGCUUUACAUAACUUCAUCAUUUCUGUAGAUAUGACUUUUUUUAUUGGAGAUUUGUUGUUUCAGAUGGAUUUUGUGCUUAAGAAGCCAAAUAAUACAGUAUAAAGUUAACAUAAGGAGAAGUGCAAGACUACAGGGUGUCCAGAGUCCAGACUGGGGGCCUUUUGCACGACCUGCAACUUUUUUUUUUUUUAUAUUCCUGAGGCAAAAAUAUAAUAUAUAAAUCAAUUAAAAUAUGUCUGAUUUUACAUGAAAAGUAGAAAUUGUUGAAUAAUUACAAUAAAUUCCACUCAAUCUGGAAUUAGCAUUUAUUAUAGUCAGUGUUUUUCAUACAAUUCGUGGCGGCUCACCAUAAGCGCCACAAUUAAAUUUACCCUCGCUAAUAAACACAUUAUAAUGGGACUGUCUGUGAAUGUAGCUUGUUGUUAGAACCCCAUACAUAGAUGGCAUCGGAGUUCUGCUCCUUAACGCACCUCACAUGCACCUGGUCUGCCAGAGAAUAAGAAGACAGAGCAGAAGGGGUCAUGUUGAAAACUUAGUGACUUUGAGGGAGUAUUGAAGACCCCUUGGAAACUUUUUCUUGGUCUUACUGGACACUUGGAGAAGCAAACGAAAAGCCUGCAUCGCUCGUGCUGUUUGUGAAGCCCCCCCUAUAUCUCGCAUACAUCCGUAGUUUUCAUAGUUUGGCCGGGGGUGCGACUUUUACUCAGGAGUGACUUAUGUGUGAAAUUAUUAACACAUUACCGUAAAAUAUCAAAUAAUAUUAUUUAUCUCAUUCACGUAAGAGACUAGAUGUAUAAGAUUUCAUGGGAUUUAUCGAUUAGGAGUGACAGAUUGUUUGGUAAACGUAUAGCAUGUUCUAUAUGUUAUAGUUAUUUGAAUGACUCUUACCAUAAUAUGUUACGUUAACAUACCAGGCACCUUCUCAGUUGGUUAUUUAUGCGUCAUAUAACGUACACUUAUUCAGCCUGUUGUUCACUAUUCUUUUUUUUUUUUUAAUUGCCUUUCAAAUGUCUAUUCUUGGUGUUGGGUUUUAUCAAAUAAAUUUCCCCCAAAAAUGCGACUUAUACUCC